AUGAGCAUCACGGAAGAGUUCAUAUCAGCAAGUGUCAACCCGAGAUCCCACUGCCUGACGGCGUGCAAAUCGAAACCUCUGGUCGUCUACGCUUCCGCGCUUCAAAUUGCCGUUCAAACAAUUCCAAAUGUAAAAUUUCAAUAUUUUUCGAAUAAAACAACUGUUUCUUGCAGACGGAAAGCGAAGUUGGUAUUAUCAAGAGCCUUUCGGAACGCCGCCAUCAAAAACCGAUCACAGUGCUGAAGCGGCUGAAAUCCGGAGAGAACGCUGAUCAUUUCGUAACGGGAAGUGUCGAUUCUCGUGUUGUGAUCUGGAAACUAUCUCAUGAACGUGUCGAGUACGUGGCAGACCUCUCCGGGUGUGCUGGAAGCGUCGGAAGUGUGUGCGGAUGCGUCGAAGAUGAACGACAGAUCAUUGCGGCUGCCUGGGUGAGUAAUAGACGUCUCCCAAAACCUACUAUAUCCUUUCUAGGUUUCGGAAUCAGCAAACGGGUUCCAAGCAUGGUGGACGUCGUCUUCCGGAGAACUGUCGCACUCCGCAGCCAUUCAUUUGGAUCAGAAAGCGUUCGCCCUCUGUCUUGAUGCCAUUUCCCUUCCGAACGCCGUGCUUCUCGCCGUUGGAACCUCAAAACGAUUUGUGGAGUUAUUCGGAGAAUCAGAAGACAGAAAAUCAUUUUCUCGUUUGAUUUCAGUCGCUGGACAUACAGACUGGAUUCAUUCUAUCGCAUUCAAUGGUCAGUUUCCGCCAAAAACUGAAUGUUUAAUUAAAAUAGAUUUAUUCGAAUUCAGACGAUCCGUCGCAUCUUAUGGUGGCUUCCGCUGGACAAGACACUUAUGUGAGACUGUGGUCAAUUGAGCCGGAGACGGAAAUUGACGAGAAACAAUCAGAAGACAUACCUGAUGAGCUGACGUCUUCCGCUAACCGUUUUUCCCUCCGCGACUCUGCUUUCCGAUGUUCUUCUCACGCAGUCAUGCAAGGCCACGACGACUGGGUGCACUCUACCACGUGGAGCCACGACGGAAAGACUCUUCUGACCGCCAGCAGUGACAAAACGUGCAUCAUUUGGAGAGAACUCGACGAGCUGUGGAGAGACGACGUCCGAUUGGGAAUAGUUGGCGGGCAAGCGGCCGGAUUCUUUUCUGCUGUCUUUUUGAAACCAGAAAACGAUUUCGUCGUGAGCAGUUCGUAUUUUGGAGGUUUGCACGCUUGGAAGUCCUCUGACGAGCAGAAGACGUUCUGGACGGCACUUCCGAUGACCGGAGGACACGUGGGAGAAGUGCGUGACGUAGAUUGGCAGAAGAGUGCCGACGGAGAAGAAUCAUCGUUCCUGGCUUCUGUUGGACAAGAUCAGACGACUAGAGUCUUUGCGAAAAGUCAGCAACAGGUACUCAAAAUGAUUAUGCUUCCUCUUUUCAACAGUAUUUUCAGGGCGUCUAUCUGGAAGUGGCUCGUCCGCAAGUGCACGGACACGACAUGCAAUGUCUGUCCCUCGUUUCGCCGUCCGUUUUCGUAUCUGGCGCAGAGGAAAAAGUGUUCAGAGUCUUCCGUGCUCCAAAGUCCUUUGUGGCCAGUCUCGAAUCGAUCACCGGAGUUCCGACGAGUCAAUCCUUUGGAGAUAGUCCGCUCGCAGAGUUCGGUGCAUGUGUUCCGGCUCUCGGACUGUCGAACAAACCGAUGAUCGAGGGAGAAACGGUCGACGGAGAACACUGGGAAGAGGACGCUUUCCGGGCGGCACCCACUAUUCUCAAAUGUACGAUCUGGGCAUUCUUCCUCUUUUCGACAAUCUUCUUUUGUUAUAGUUGCUCCGACGGAAGACACUCUCCAGCAGAAUACUCUUUGGCCGGAGGAGAGCAAAUUAUACGGACACGGAUACGAAGUGUACGCAGUGACGGCUAAUCCAUCCGGGAAAGUGCUCGCUACAGCCUGCAAGGUGAGAAUAAGCGAGUAGGAACAGAUUCGAGGAAAUGUUAUUUAAGUCAAGCCACGUGGAACACUCCGUCGUGAUGCUCUGGAACACUACGAACUGGUCGAAGAAGGCGAGUAUUGUGGGCCACCAGCUGACAGUCACUCAAAUCGCAUGGAACCCAUCGGGAACUUCCCUUUUGACAGUCAGUCGAGACAGAACUGCAAAGAUUUACAAGGAAAAGACGGGAAAUGGUCAGGGAACACUUCGCAAAGCCUCUAUUUUACCACCUUUUUGCAGUGGAUGGAUACGAGUACUCGUGCGUCUGGACUUCGGGGAAACAGCAUUCCAGAAUCAUUUGGGCGUGCGACUGGUUGGAUGACCGACAGUUCGUGACUGCUUCCAGAGAUCAGAAAGUGAUUGUUUGGGAAGAAGAGAACGGAGAAGCCUCGCAGAAGGGAACCAUCAAACUCGACGAGCCUGUCACCGCAGUCGCGGCAAACGGACCCGUCAUCGUGGCAGGACUCCAGACGGGAGAGCUCGUUGUUUUGCGAUGGAGCGAAGGUCAAUUAAAAGUGUUGGAGAAGUUCGGAGCCAAUCCAAUUCCAAUUGAUGCGGCCGUUCUUCGUCUACGAUUCUCUAAAAGCGGACGUAAACUGGGUGUUGCCUCGACCGAUGCCAAGUUACGAGUGUUUGACCUCUCCUUUUAA